AUGCAAUUCUCGACCCUUUUAUCUGCCAUCCUUCCCUUCCUCCUUGCUUCCACCACUGCAUUCGCUCAAGACCCCACUGCCACCUCCUGGCCAGCCGCUCCGGAAGGAUGCGAUAUCAACGUUGCUCAAAAACUCUACUCCUCUCACUCAGCCCAACUCGCCUUGGGAGCAAGUACGAGCGUCGUAGUUGGUUUUCCCACCGAGGGAGCAGCCAAACCAACUGAUCAAUGUGAAGAUGAUGGUGUUAAUCCCCAAAAGAGGAUUAUCGAAAAUGGACAUGCGGCUUACAUCGCUCCUACUGGUGGGGCUUAUGGUAUGUCCAAAUAA